AGAGAGUCUGAAGAGGAUUUGUAUUACGAAUAUUGGAUGUGAACGGUGGUAGUAGUUUGCAGAUGAAUUAUGAAUAAUUUCCAUGCAAAAAAUUGCAAAUUUACGGUGCCACUGCAUAUAAAGAUGAAUGUACUACGUUAUCGACUUUCACGACAACUGAACCGAAGGUUUCAAGAUUUAUCGAUUCUUGGGUACACAGUUCUUCUCCAUUGGACAUAGAUUUGGAUAAUGCAACGCCAAUUAUUCUUCCAUCAUUAAUUUGGUCGGAAUCAGAGACGAUACCUUUAAAAAUGUCUAUUAGAAAUAUAGGAAUGACAUGUAAUGUUGAUGCCGAAUAUUCCGGACCAAGACCUUCGUUGAGUGGUUCUAUAUUACAGUAUCCAUACGAGUUUUCAAGUUUUCAUUUUCAUUGGGGCACUAAACAUGAUAAUGGUAGUGAACAUCGUAGAAUGGGAAAAUGUUCCCCUAUGGAAAUACACUUGGUGUUCUAUAAUAUCAGCUACUCAAAUACUUCCGAAGCCUUUAACGCUCAAGAUGGUAAAUUAAUAUUGACGUACAUGUGUAAAGUAUGAAAAUACCAGGUAAAAUACAUUUGGUAUCAUUGACAAUGUUACAUUUUAAGUUGGAUCGCUAUGAAAAUAUCAUGUUGGACAAUUUGACGUCAAAUUUAAAAAAUAUUAAUAAGCCAGGAGAAUUAAUCGAAAUUGAUUCAUUU